GACAGUGCGCGUUACAUAGCUCUUACCGGUCGGUGUACUUUCCACAACCCACCCGUACUUACAUGAUGCAAGGCCCAUUGGACGUAACCCCACAGUACCUUCACGCACUAUUUUGAAGGUACGUACUGUAGAGAUUGUAGACAUCGGCUAUAUUUUAUAUUUUAGUAACAGCAUUUUAGUAAGAGCAACUUUGGCUUAUGAGUCAAUCUAACAAUAAGCAACAUUGAAUCUUGAAAUAACAAAGUAAAGUUCAAGCUUCAUUUAUCCUUACCCGUUCUCCAAGUAUUUGCCUAGCGGUUGUUACUCGUCGUACUGCCUGUGUUUGGAUAGAAAUAUCGUAUACUUCGUACUUCGUUCAUAUUUGCUAUUGGCCUUCAAUAUCUUACCAAAAACUAGACACGAGAUAGAUCUCACCUAAAUUCAAAGACACAUCAUAGACCAAACGUUUAUCUCAUUUAGAAUGCCUCCAACGCUCAUACUGGUCCGCCACGCUCAAGCUCGCCAUAAUGCAGAAAAAAACUCUACAAUACCUGAUCCGGACUUGACUGAGGAGGGACAUGGGCAAUGUGUAGACUUACGGAAGAGUCUCAUAGAAAACCCACUAGCUCAGCAGGCCGAACUCAUCGUGGUCUCUCCCUUACGCAGGACGAUGCAGACAGCAUUACGAUCCGUCGACUGGCUUAUUGAGAAGGGUGUCAAGAUAGAAGCCGAUGCGGAUUGGCAAGAAAAUUCAAACCAUGGAUGCGACACCGGAAGCCCCAUCGAUAAACUCAUAGAAGAGUUCCCCACGGUCGACUUCUCAAAGGUCGACCCGGUCUUCCCAGACAAGACGUCGCCACUAGGUAGCCGCUAUCACUUCACGAAAUCAGCUCUUUUAGCACGUGCUCAAGCAGCCCUGAAGAAACUAUAUGAACGUCCGGAAAAGGUAAUCAUCGUCGUCUCUCAUUCAGCCUUCUUGCGACUCGCAGUCUCCGGCUAUUGGUACUUUAACGCCGACUACCGCAUUUUCGACUUCGCGCCUGUGAACAAUCCGGGAGAAUCACAUCGACUCGAGCAGCACGAGUCUACCAGAGAGAAAGGCGGAGGACUCGGCCGGAGCUGGAUCGACCCCAUAGUGCUAGGCUCGGAGCUGCCGGGAGAAGAUCCGGAUGCUAAAGACAACGGAAGCGGAAACGGCCGGGGAUAUUGAAGGCGGCUUUUUAGAUAUCGGCCCCGAACGGGAUAUAGGAUAGGACCCAUGGCCGUCAUAACAUAUAAUUACCUUACCUUUGUCAAAUGUUCCCUGCAGUACGGUUUCAGGUUUCAGGAUAACCGCGUAUAGUAGAUUAAAGCGACAAAACUCAUGCAACAUCUAAUAUUCACCUUACUCCGACGCUACUUAGCUACUUAAGCGUCUAGUAAAUGACCCUGGCUAAUAAGCCAGACCCAAAUGAAGAAUCGAGGCUGUGCUAGUGGUCUCCAUCUAAAGACCCCAUCCUAACCUGAGGACCAUCCCCAUUCGUACCGAUGAAACAGCGC